UAUUUUUCCUACAGGAGCAACCCAUUCAACGCCCUAGCAUCAAGAUCAAGGCCAAAAUGAAGCCGGUGGUGGAGGAAGGAAUCGAAAAGUGAAGUGCGGCCGAAGUCACUCCCUGGUCAGCUGUUUAUCAAGUUCAAGUUCAUCCGUGGCCCACAACAACAGCCAUGGUCUUCUACUUCACCAGCAGGGUGGUGGAUCCUCCAGUCACCCUCUUCAUGGGAAAUGACAAGUAUGAAAAUGAAGACCUAAUCAAAUGGGGCUGGGAGGAAGACGUGUGGUUCCAUGUGGAUAAGGUUUCCUCAGCCCACGUCUACCUCAGACUUAAUCAAGGACAGACCAUCGAUGACAUUCCCAUGACAGUUAUUGAGGAUGCUGCUCAGCUCUGCAAGGCAAACAGCAUCCAGGGUAACAAGAUGAACAACGUGGAUGUGGUGUACACUCUUUGGUCCAACCUGCGUAAAACUCCAGGGAUGGAUGUGGGGCAGGUUGGCUUUCACAGUGAAAAAGAGGUACGCAAAAUACGUCUUGAGAAACGUAGCAAUGAGGUCGUGAACCGACUAAACAAGACCAAAGUGGAGGGCCACCCCAAUCUGAGGCAGGAAAGGGAAGACCGAGACAAGUUAGAACGUAACGAGGCCAAAAAGGAACUAAAGGAUAAACAGCAGAAAGAAAAGGAGGAGUUGGAAAAAAGAAAAAAGGAACUGGAGCUCAAAAACUACACAUCACUGUUUUCAACUGCCACAAUGAAGACAAAUAAAGAUGCAGCUGAUGAGGAUUCUGAUGACUUUAUGUGAUACUUUAGUGAGCAGAGUCUUGAGCUGCUGGGGUGUAUUAGGGGAGGCCAUGGACAGUUGCAUGGCAGAUCUGAAGAAUGCAUAGUGACGAGGUUAUUUCACCAAAGGGGUGAUGAAAUAUCUCCUGUGGUUGUGACUGUGGUGAAGACAGGCAGAAGUGAUGCACUACUCAAGGUGGCCAGCAGGUGAUAUCAUAUUACCUCACUCAUUCCUCAAGUAUUUAAUGUCAGUGACAGCAUUAAUUUUAAUCAUUAUUUUUGUAUUAUGAACACCAUAAUUAGGUGAGCUGUCUCCUUCAGAUAUCAUGCAUUUUAAUGGUUUCAGUGACACUGGGUUUUCAUGUUUUUUUAAACUGCCUAGUUCUGAUGCAAUAAUAAUGUCUUAUUUUAACUCAAAAUUAUACUCAAUAGCUUUAAUAUAUUUCUUUGAAGCUGUUUGUAUUGCAAGUUAAUUAAGAAGGUAUAAAAGACGUUUUUUAUGAUUUACUAGGCACAUUUUGUGGCUAGCAACACAUACUAUAGCAAGAUUCAAGGGUCAGUAGACACAAGACACAGGAAUUUUGUCAAAGUACCUUUAUUGCCAACCCUUUCACUCAGCUUUGAGUAAAUGGAAUUUCAUAGUUCUAUAGACAAUAUUAGCAUCAGCAUGGGAGCAGCUGAUCAUUUAUCAGUGUAAGAAGUUGCUGGGGUAGAAAGAGGCAGAGACUGUUCAUGUGUGCACAACUUUCAAAAGGCUGCACUAGUGGAAGGAUAAAGUGAUGUUUGGGGUAAUACAAAUUACUUAUUAUCCUCUUUUGAGCUGCGAACCAUCUAAUAAAGUUACUGUUGCCCUAUCCUUCCGGUUAAUGUGCACUCCUACUGUAGGAACUCUUCAGUGGUAUAACUCCCCCCUCCACCUGGCAUGCUUAUACUUAGAGAUCCAUUGUGCUCCAUUCUUGACGCAUGUGAUAUUACUUUAUAAAACCUGUUGAGUAUCAUUAAACAGAAAAAUUGCAAGAUCUGCUUUCCCUGAUAAAGGCUAUAGUGGAAAUUCAUCCACCUAAAAAUCCACAGUCUUUGUCUUUACAUAUGUGGUGUUUAUGUAAUAAAAUAGAUGAAGAAUAAGCACAGAAAUGGCAUGAGAUCUGCUUUCCCUGGUGGCUGCAGUGGAGA